AUGGGAAGAGCACCAUGCUGUGAGAAAAUGGGGUUGAAGAAAGGGCCAUGGACUCCGGAGGAAGACCGAAUACUCAUCGAUUAUAUCCGCCUCCACGGCCAUCCCAAUUGGCGAGCUCUCCCUAAACACGCCGGGUUACUUAGAUGCGGAAAGAGUUGCAGGCUUCGGUGGAUAAACUACCUCAGACCCGACAUUAAGAGAGGGAAUUUCACGCCUGAAGAAGAAGAGACAAUCAUCAAGUUGCAUGGGAUUCUCGGCAACAGGUGGUCUGCGAUUGCUGCCAAGUUGCCGGGGAGAACAGACAAUGAAAUAAAAAAUGUUUGGCACACCCAUUUGAAGAAAAGAAUCAACCAUCAUAAUAAUAAUAAUAAUAAUAAUAAUAAUAAUAAUAAGAAGAAGAAAGAACCCGACAGGGAGCACGUUUCACCGCAACAAUCUAGCAGUAACGCCGACACGGCCUCGACGGUCGAUUAUUCGAAUAAUGACGAAGACUUCGCAUUAUUUGGAGACUUUCCGAUGAUGAUAGACGAAAAUUUCUGGUUAGAUGCUGUUCCGACCGCCACUAUGGAUGACAAUGCUUUGGAGAAAAAGACAGAGUUUUGGGAGCCUCCGUUAGAAGUAGAGGUUCAUGAUGGGAUUAACAAGAGUAAUUAUUCCAAGCUGUAUAGUGAUGACGCGGAAUUUUGGGUCGGUCUUCUCACAUCCCCGAGUUUCGAUAUCUCUGUCCUUUAA